CCCGUGGUAACGUCGACGUUCGUAGUUAUUACCUUCCAAUUGAACGUUCGCUCGCUUGUUGUUUAUAAUAGAAAAGUAAUAACGACUCGCCUCGGCUGUUUCAGUUGUUUAUUUUUUUUUUUAUUUUUCGUUUACUCGUUUUAAGUUUCAUCAAUCGUAUAUGUACUUUCUCAAUGGAUGCGUAAAAGGGAAAAGACGAAACAGUAAAAGAAAAAGAAAAAAAAAAAAAAGAAAAGAAACGGAGACAGAAGGGAUUCUCUCUCCGAUUCGCAUAGUUCCUCUUCUCAAGAUAUACGAAGAAGAUUUAAUUAUACUUCUAAUCUAUCUAUUGGAAUAAGGAAAAACCCACGAGGAUUGCAAGUACAAGACAACGAUUGUGGUUUCCCGCGUACGAUUUUUCUUGUUUUUUUUUUUUUCUUGUUUUUUUUUUCUUCUUUCUAUAACUGUUCAUAAGUUCAUAAGUUCGAUAAGGAAAAGAGAGAUCGUCAAGAGGAAAAACAGAUCGAAAUAUUUGUCGCGAUAUUUCUUCAUUUCGUUCUUUUCCUUCGUCUAGAAACUUUCUAUCUUUCUCAAUUGAUCUCUUACUCUCUUUUCGUUGGUGCAGUGCCACAUAAUCUAUUUUCGAUCUUCUUCGUCGCAAGUGAUAACAUUGUGCGGGGGAGUGGAUGGAGUGUCUAAGUGAAACAACGUAUCACGGAUCGUAGAAUGGCACUGUCUUAUCUACAGGAGGCACAGGUUAAUGCAGAUCAUUCGAUCUUUGAUCUUAGGACUUCUGGCUGGAGAACAUCUCGACAUGAAGCAAGAAUCGGAGAAGCAACCUCUCUCACCGCCUUUGCACAAUAACAAUAACAACAAUAACACUUCAUCGACGAUGUUCUCUGGAAUGGGUGCUGCUGCAGCAGGAUUGUCGAUGUUGACUCCUCAACAAUUAUUGGCCGCCAGUCGAACGGCAGCUCUAAUGGCAGCCGGCAUUCCUGUUUCACUACAUGCUACUUUAGCGGCGAGUCCAUCACUUUAUCAACAUCAUCAGACACUCUUUGGAGGGUGGGCGCCACCCGCAGCUUCUUCACCCCCUUCGCCACUUCAUCACUCGCCUGGUUCAGUUUCGUCAGCUCUUGCCACGACAAAAUCCUCUUCCCGCCGCCUUAGUUCCGGUAAUACGAAUAAUAAUAAUAAUAAUAAUAAUAACAACGUCGUGAGCAGUAGCGCGGAUAGAAUCAGUAAUAAAAAGAGCCAAGCGACGAAGAGAAAGUCAACGAAGGUGGCAAAGACGGAGAGCAACGUUCAAAAUUCAUUGGAGAGCGUGGCGCCACUUAGCCCACCUACGUCAAUCAGUCCGGAGGCGGGAAAAGAUGGCAGGGACAAGGUCUUCACCUGUGGCGUGUGUUCGAGAUCUUUUGGUUACAAACACGUGUUACAAAAUCACGAACGUACGCACACGGGUGAGAAGCCGUUUGAGUGUCCGGAAUGUCAUAAAAGAUUUACUCGAGAUCACCACCUGAAGACGCACAUGAGAUUGCAUACCGGUGAGAAACCAUAUCACUGCAGCCAUUGCGAUCGACAGUUCGUCCAAGUAGCCAAUCUCCGUCGUCACUUGCGUGUACAUACGGGUGAACGUCCGUACGCUUGCGAACUCUGUUCGGCCAAAUUCAGCGAUUCGAAUCAACUCAAGGCACAUUCUUUGAUUCAUAAAGGCGAAAAACCGUUUGAGUGUGAACAUUGUCAGAUGCGUUUUCGAAGAAGGCAUCAUCUGAUGCAUCACAAGUGUGGUACUAGCAAUGUGAUGCUUGGAGGACAGGGGUCGAGGUCACGAGUAGCAUCACCAUCCGUAGCAAGCGAUGAUCUCGAAGACGAUAUCGAUAUCGAUAUAGACGUAGAUAUCGAUAUGGAUGAAGUAGAAUCAACGACAACGGUGACUACGACUACGAUGGCUACAACGACGAAUACAGCCACGACGACAACUAUGACAACAACAACGACGACUAUAACGACGUUGCCCCAAAGAAAGAGUUUGACCACGCCCAUUGCUAAGAGGUCGACUCAUCGACAACGUCAACAGCAGCUACAGAGUUCGGUAAUCGAUCCGGCUGUUUCAUUACCGAUCAAUCUGUCUGGUAUACCGAUCGACUUACCGGAACAAACCGAACCGGAAGACCUUUCAAUGUCUACAGGGAUGCAAAGAGUAAUCUGCAUGUCUUGAAAUAGCGAAAAAUUGAAUUGAAUUGAGUCAAGUGAUAAAUUUAAAAUUGAAUAUGUGGAAAACAAUAUUCAAUCUUUUUUGCCAGAGAGCACAAAUUUAGGCAUUUCAAGUGUAUAUAGUAUGUCGUUAUAAUGCAUUCACGUUCAUGUUCCAAAUAUUUCUUUUAUGUAUAUACGAGUAGAUAUCGCGUAAUCCUAAAUGAACAUGAUCUCAUAUGAAUGUGAUUUUUAACGGACUUCAUAUUUGUACGAUACCCCAGGUUUCUUCUACUUAGCUACUUCGUUCAAUUAUUUGAUUGAAUCAUUGAAAAAAGGGCUGAUUCUCUUUCUCUCUCUCUCUCUCUCUCUCUCUCUCUCUCUCUCUUUCUCUUUCUCUUUCUCUUUCUCUUUCUUUCUCUCAUAUACACUCUCUCUUUCUUUUUCAAUCGAAAGAGCGUGUAAGAAUGUUGUAUAGUUACGAAGCGUGUUCACAAGAAACAAAUUCGUUAAGUCGCCUUCUUUCACGGCGUUAUGAUACACGUUUCUCCUUCAUACCGAUAGAAGAAAAAAGCAAGAGGUAUAUACACAUGAGCUGUCGUUUAUAAAUUCAUUUCUAUAUGAAAUCUUGUCGAGGGUCCCGAAGUAUUUUCUAUAUAUACUAUGUGUAUAUAUAUAUAUGUAUAUAUAUAUGUGUGUGUAUGUAUGUGUGUGUAAACGUACAUAUAUAUGUAUAUGUAUACUAUAUAUAUCUACAAUGAACUCCGUGAAACUCAGGGUUGUAUUUUACCUUUUGUCAGGUUACGAGGUCGAAACUCGCCGAUCUCCGUCGCUAUUCUACAUAUUCUUCUCUUUUUGUUCAGACGGUGAAAAAGACGUAUUCUCUUCUUUUUUCUUUCUUUUUUUUUCUCUCCUUUUUUUUUCUCUUUUUUUUUUCUUCUUCUUUUCUUUUUUUAGUUUAUCACACUGUCCUAUAAAAGGGGAUAAAAAUAUAAGAUAGAGAGUUAAAAGAACUAUUUUCCCCUCGAGUAAGUAUAUAGAGACUAUUUUUGCGGAAUCGUCAGGUUUCCCGUUGAGGCCGAUCUCACGAGAUGGGUCGAAACACGUGUAGCGGUACACGAGGGAUAGAAGAAAAUGAACGAAGAAACGACUCUCUAAACGUCCAACGUGAAUAACGAGAGAAAACUGUGAACGACCUCAGGCCUUCGUAAAAUCUACACUUUUAGGAGAAAGUGUAACAGCCGAGGGAUGAAAUGGAGUACAAAAGGAUGCGCCUUUUUCGAAAGUAGGUGACUAAGAAUUUGCUCUCGAUCUUUUAAAAUGAAAGAAGGAUAUAUAUUUCAAUAUCUUUAGUUUCACAAACAUUUCGUUUUUAGUAUAUUCAUUUUUAAUAUUUUAUUAAUUACUUUUUCUCCAAUGGCAUAUAUAAAAUAAUUAUGUAAAAAGGGGAAGAGUAUUGAUUUAAAAAUGAAUAUCGAUAUGAUCGAAAUAUCGGUUAGAUAUUAUCGUCAUAUUUUUCUGCCUGUUUCAAAGUAUUCGCGUAUUAUCGAUCCUCUUGAUAGUUCCCGCAUCCUUACGAAACAACUAAUCCGUCUUUGAAUGCCGCGGCACGAGUCGGAGGGUGGUUAGAGGAGGGUUGAACGAAAAAGAAAGAGAAAGAAAUAGGGAGAGAACAACGACAAAGUCGUAAAGGAGAAGAACAGAAAUCUCGAUCGUAUUCGAUGGUGCGCGAGGGUGAUGUCUUUACGAAAUAAAAAAAAGAGAAAGAAGAAAAGAAAGAGAGAGAGAGAGAGAGAGAGAGAGAGAGAGACGUUUCGAUUCAUAUUGUGCGACGAAGCGAAUCGUAACCAGAACACACAAUAUUUCUUCUUUUUCGUCAUCGGUAAGAAAAGAGAUCGUAAGAUCCUUCGUAAGGAAGAGGAAACACGAGAGGAAAAGGAAGAAAAGCUUUUCUCUCUCUCUCUCUCUCUCUCUCUCUCUCUUUCUCUCUCUCCUCCUUUCUUUUCCUCUCUUCUUAACGCGAGCAAAGGCUGACACGAAGCGAACGGAAGAGAAACGAGGGCAAUUUUCCCUUUCUCUCAUUCUCUUUCGAAGGAUGUUUGCAGAAAAUGUAGAAGAGAAGAAUAUCUUCUUCUUAUUCUUCCUCCUCCUCUUCUCCCUAUUCUUCUUUUUCUUCUUCUUCUUCUUCUUCUUCCUCCUCUUCUCCUUAUUCUUCUUUUCCUUCUUCUUUUUCUUCUUCUUCUUCUUCU